GUACACUUGCGGAGUGGGACGAAAAAGGCGCCUCUCUUCCGAAAAGAUCGAGAGGGAAACGAAAUUACUUUUAUGGAGGGAAACGAAAUUACUUUUAUGGAGGGAAACCCGAGAAAGAAAUCACAUUUUUUCUAUGUAUAUCCACACAGAUUCUUAGUUCCUGCUCUCGAUCUCCAUAUCACCGAUUCACUGCAGCAUAAGAACUCCUACUUAGGAAACUCUGCAUGGACCCUGAACCUAAUCCAUUCCCAAGCCCCCAGCAUCCCACCAGUGUGAAUAUGGCAAGCCAAAUUUCUGAAGAAAGUUCUACUAAGAAACCCAAACGAGUUAAAAGUGAUGGAAUUGUGCGCCCCGAAGGAAGAAAAAGUUGUAAAGAAAAGAAGAGAAAGUUGAAUGCAGAAAUCGGAGUGGUAGAAGUAAUAAAUAAAGUCCAGUGUAUCUUGGAGAAGCAGAUUGAGUUUAAUGUUGCAGCGUUGCAGCUGAGAAGGGAAAACCAACAAAAAGAGUACGCAUUCAGAGAGCAGGUAAUGAAACGGAAGAUAGAAUUAAAAGAGAAAAAACUAGAAUUGAAGAUGAAAGAACUAGAGAUGAAAGAGAGAGCCCACCACAGAGCCCAUCAAGAAUUCAUUAUGCACCUUGAUUUGAGUAAGCUACCACCAACUGUGCGAGCUACUUAUGAAGUCAUACAGGCUAAAAUACUGAAGGAAUGGGAAAUUGGGUACUUUUCGGGAAUCUAAAUAUUUUGGAUAUUUAUCAAGGAAUUUCGCAUCUCAUACUGAUAUUUGAAUAGUUUAGGCUUAUGUUUUGCUGGAUGAUUAUUAACUUUGUUCUUCUCAUAAAUUUUAGGACUCGUACUUUUGUUGAAUUAUAUCUUUAUUAGGCACAUAUAUAAUUUGUUUGUUGCAAACUUCCUGCAUUAAACUACUGGUAGUUUUUUUUCAAAUGGUG